AUGGCCAAUUCGGAUGAAGAGCACUGUGGGGACGGCGCAGUCCGGAAAAGAGUUGGCAUAUCGGAGGUCGCGGAAACCUGUGUGUCGGAGAGCGGUUUGGGCUUCAGGGAACAGCUGGAGCAGGUGCAGAGCCGUUGUGCUGAGCUCCAGCAGCAGAUCUCAUGCCUAGCGGACAGACACUCUGAGGAGUUAGAAGUGGAGGUGUCGCGCAGGUUGGAGAAUGAGCUGGCCAGAGUGAGGGUCAAGAAGAAGCGGAGCAAGGGCAAGAAGCUGAAAGCUCCAGACCUGAGCGCCGCAGAGGAAGCUUCCAGCCCCCUACAACCUGGCAUCCGCCACCUGGAGGUGGAGGCCCCAACUGCCAUGGCUGAUGGCCCGGAAGUUUGGAGAUCCACUACCCAGGGACUCCUAGGGCCCGCUUACUCUCGGAAGUCCACCAUGGCCAUGGUCUCGACCCAGACGCGAAAGACGAUGGAUUCCCUGCGCUACAAGAGCCGUGCCAUGACAAGUGGGGAUGAGGAUGCUGUGAUGGCGGUCCUCACCGCUCACCAGCACCAGGGUAGCAUCGAGCGGCGACUGGAGGUGGCGAAGUCGAAGCUGGAGACUUACCGAGAGACCUCGAUGCUCAAGAAGAUAGAGCAGUUCCUCAAGGUGGGCUUGGGAAGGACGUCGCCAACACAAGAGACUGGUCCGCCUUUCGAAGUGCGAUGGCUGCUGUUUGAAGCCCUUGCUGCAUUCAUGAUCUUUGCCAACUCGAUCAUGCUUGGCUGGGAGGUUCAGUACAUGUCCAGCAACAUGGAAAUCUCAACGGCGCUGACGACGUGCAGCAUUGUCUUUGCCAUCUGGUUUAUUCUGGAAGUCUUGGUGCGUCUUCGCGUGGUAGGCGUCAUCCCCUUCUUCUGCAACGAUGACCACCUCUGGAACAUCUGCGACUUGGGGUUGGUGGCAGUCAGCAUCGUCGAGCUAAUUCUGCUUUUCGCGGGCAAUGCUAAGACGCCCUUCUCCACCAUCAAGGCUGUGAAGAUCUUGCGUGUCGUGCGGCUCUUCCGUGUGUUCCGCUUCUUCCGGCAGCUCUCCACUUUGGCACUCAUGGUGGCCGAUUCGGUGAGACAGCUGCUGUGGGCCCUGGUCAUGUUCCUCCUGAUCAUGUAUGUGUUCGCGAUAACCCUGACCAGUUCUUGCACGGAUUGGCUCAAGGAGCGGGUCGACUUCCAGGUAUCUGACUGGGAGCAGAAGAUCUUGGAAGGUACGCAUGGCGCAGGUGUCAAGGAUGUGCACCACUUCUUUGGCAACAUUCCACGGAGUGUGUAUACGUUGUUUCAGACCACGCUGGGUGGCAUCAGUUGGUUCGAAGUGACAGAUGCGUUAGCGCACGUCGACAUGCUGUCGUUCAGCUUGAUGUUCGCAUACAUCAUCUUCACUCUCCUGGCGUUAAUGAAUGUGUUCACAGGCGUCUUCGUUGACAACGCGGUGCAGAACUCGAAGAAGCAGCGAAAAGUUCAACUCGAAGAAACGAUGGACAAGAAGCGCACCAGUUUAGACCACAUGAUCGAGUUCUUCGCUGCGACUGACUCGAACGGUGAUGGCGCCAUCAGCCUGGAAGAGAUACAGAUGCUUCUGCAGGAUCCCGUAAUGAGCGCCUACUUCGACAUGAUCGGGUUCCGUGCAGGGGACGCUGCGCUCCUCGCCGAGCUCCUCGAUCGCGAUGGCUCUGGAGACAUCUCGCUGAAUGAAUUCAUAGCUGGCUGCGAGCGGAUGAAGGGGGAGGCGAAAGGCAUUGAUGUGCACAUGCUGCUUUUGGAGUGUUCAGUUCUGAACGAGAAGCUGGAUGUGCUCCAUGAGAACCUCACUGGGCAGCGCUUCUCUGGAGUCAGACAUGGAUCAGUCUUCGAAAUGAAGAAGAGGUCAUUCUGUUCAUAG